AAAAACCAUAAUCCUAUCUUCUUCUCUAAGCUUCAGUCGUUCUUCUUCAAUAUUUUCACAACCUAGAACACACCUUCACUAACCUAGAGACAAAGGAACACCAGUGACCGAUAACAAGCAGCCACUGCUGCUUCUUCACCUCUCACUCACGACCACCACAACAACUAGAACACCUCAUCUCCACCUCCAUUCUGCCACCCAAAAACCAACAAAAAUAGCCAACCAUCUCCAGCUGUCAAUGGACUAACAAAUCCGUCUAGACCAACUGUCCACCACCCAAACGAAGCUCCUUUGUUAAGCAAUUUCUGACCGUUAAUGUUGAGACGGAAGGUGACAGAUCUGGCAAGAAAUCCAGCGAAACACCAAAGAGUAGCCAAAGAUUGAAAUCCAUCAUAAAACAGCCAUUGUGACGCCCAAAACCGUCAUCCAAGCUCAGUCGAGUUGAAUCCAGUGAGAUACGUUCGAAGCUACUGAUUUGAGGUUUGUUUGAGAUUGCCGUUUGAGGUCUCCAGUCGCUGGUUCCGCUCGUUGUCGCCGACAAAAUCUCCGGUCCAGAAUUGUUCAGUUGCUAAGUUUAUAUUUACGACUCAAUUCAUUUAAUACAAUGUUCAAACUCGGCUUUGAAGAUUCAGGCGUAGCUGGUUCUGCUCCUGAGUGCUAAUUUCCUCCAGUAUCAGGCGAGCGUUCGUAGACUACGAGAUGGUGAGGACACGCACUACCGGACAAGGUGGACGACAACUAGUUCCAGCAGUUGUGGCCACAAGAGGCCGUGGAUGCGGUCAUGGUCGUGGCAGAGGCAGAGCAGCGACAACAGCACCUGUAGAUCCACGAGCUGCCCCAGCUCAGGAUCAGGCUCCAGCUAUGGAUGCUCCAGUAGCACCAGUUCAGCCACCAGCUGUGCCCAUCAUGAUUCUGGGUCUUCAAGAUGCCUUGGCACAAAUCUUAUCAGUUUGCACUGGCCUGGCUCAGGCUGUUUCAGCCACUACAGUUGCAGCUACUUCACAGGUUGGGGGAGGCAAUCAGACUCUCGCCGCUCCCACACCUGAGCAGGUCGUGCAGGGACUUCAGACUCUAGGGCACAUCUAUCCCAGCUGGUUGCAUCUACUCAGGACUAUGUGGUUCCUGUCAUGUCGGAGGAUGAGCAACGUAGGUUGGAGAGAUUUGGUAGAUUAUAGCCUCCGAACUUCAGUGGAGCAGAGGGCGAGGAUGACCAGGGCAUUUUUGGAUAAGUGUCAGAGGAUACUUUGUACUGUCGAUAUCUGGUGACCAGCGGGGUCGCUUUUACCACCUAUCAGUUUUCAGGAGCUGUUUUCACCUGGUGGGAGGAUUUUGA